AUGCGUCAGGAGUUGUGCCACCAAGCUCUUGCCAAAACCUGGAAACACCACUCGCUGUCUCCUGUGGCACCACUCAGCGAUGGGUAUGCCUUUACAAUUAAAAAUGAGAUAGUUCAGAAGCGUCCAGUUGUAACAAACGAACUCUUUGUGCUAAAAGUAGAAAUUGUAAUAUUCCGUGAGAAUGACAGUUUAGCCAACCUCCCCGAGAGAGGGAGAGUUGGCACGCGUGGCACUUCUCCACUUGUAAACAUGGCACUGUGGCGGGUUGGUGCGGCGCCCUUGGUGGCUCCCUUGCGGCACUUGUCUGGUGUGACCGUGACUCCUGGCGAUUGGGGAGGCGUGGCAGGGAGCAGAUCACACUCCACCACGCCCGCCACCACGCCCGCCAGGAGGACCAGCACCACCACGCAGCACUGCCUGGACGCUGUCAGACGUAACGAUUACGAAAAUUUCCUGGCACUGUUGCUACUUCCCCAGGGUGCUCGAUCUGCUGGAGUGGCAGUGCGAGCCUUCAACGUGGAAGUGGCCCAGGUUCAAGAUGUGACCUCCGAGAUACUGAUAGCAAAAAUGAGACUACAGUUUUGGAGGGAAACACUUGACGAGCUGUACAAUGAUGACGUUCCCCGGCAGCCAGUGGCCUUAGAACUUCACAGGGCUGUCAAGAAGCACCGUCUCUCCAAGCGUUGGCUGCGCAGUCUGAUUGAUGCCCGGGAAGAGCAGCUGGAGAGGAGGUACUUCUCUUCCAUAACAGAGUUAGAAGUGUACAGUGAAAAGUCCAAUUCUGCACUUUAUUAUCUCAUCCUUCAGGCGCUGGGUUCAGAAAACCUUCAUGCAGAUCAUGCUGCCAGCCACCUGGGCAAGGCUGAAGGGAUCAUUAAAGCCCUGAGAGGCAUCCCACAUAAUGCCUCCAAGAGAAAAGUCUUCCUCCCGCAGGAUAUCAUGAUGAAGCAUGGAGUGUCACAAGAAGACGUCAUUCGUGGAAGUCGUGAGCAGAAUCUCAAAGAUGUGAUCUAUGAUGUUGCAAGUCAGGCUUAUCAGCAUGUGGAGCAUGCCCGCAGCAUGAUGGAGGACGUCCCAAAGGAGGCAAGAGUUGCUCUCCUUCCUGCUGUGUCAGUCUCUUCCUUCCUCAAAGCACUCCAGAAAGCCCAGUUUGAUAUAUUUGAUCCAAGCCUCCAACUCAGAAAUAAUUGGCUUCCAUGCUCAUUACUUUGGGCCAAAAUGUGUAGAAAAUACUGAAAAUUAAGCAGCUUAUAUGAAUGACUUUUUAUAUGUAAUUAUUUAUUAUGGGAUUGUAGAGUGAAGCCUUAGGACUUGGCAACCAUCUCGGAAAGGCCAAGCAUCUCAUUAAUUUGGUAAGAGAGCAAAUAUUUACCAGGUCUCUCUCUCAAUUUUUUCUUUUCUUUUUUUUUACUAUGAAAAUGUGGCUGCUUCCUACUGAUGUUGUGGUUAAUGAGUGAAGCCUUAGGAACAGCAGGUGUAUUGUACAGUACAUACCUAAGGAUAGACUAUAUGUAAAUAUGAAACACUAAUAAUUGUGCACAACUGCUGGUCAGUUACUCAGGUUAUUUAUUGUAAAUAUACUCAGCAGCUUUCUAUCACAACUGAGAUAUAAAGAUGUUUUUAAUAAAUGAGAUGAAAAAGA